AUGUGUAUACUUCUCACACGUAAACGUGUGUCUCUCUCGACUUCACUCAACCUCCUCCUUCCAUUGCUUAAAUUCGAAAUGUUUCGUCUUUUACUUCCUCGUGGUUACCUCCUCCUUUCAUUAAAUCUGCACCUCCAACCCUUCUCCUCCUCCUUCUUACCAAACACUUCUCACUGUGUCGUCUCCGCGCCAGAAGAAGAAAAAAAAAAAGGUUAUACGAAAAAUUACCGAAUAUUAUUAUUAUUUAUUGGACGAUACAUCCAGACCGCUAAAUCCAUCAUUCAACACAAAAGGACUUAUUAUUUCCUACCCAAUGCCAGUCUAAUAGUUUUUUCACCCCCGCUCCCCAAACUAACCAAAAGAAAGAAACGAUGUAAGAAAGUCGCUUACUUUCAUUUAAACCGCUCUCUUUCUUUUUGGUUGGUGCUUUUUGUUUCGCUCACCCUUUCUCUCUUUAUUUUUCUUUCACCUUCUCACCCUUUCUUCUUUUUUUUUCUUUUCUUUCACUCUCUCACCCUUCUUUUUUUUUCUUUUCUUUCACUCUCUCACCCUUCUUUUUUUUUCUUUUCUUUCACUCUCUCACCCUUCUUUUUAUUCUUUUCUUUCACUCUCUCACCCUUUCUUCUUUUUUUUCUUUUCUUUCACUCUCUCACCCUUUCUUUUUCUUUUCUUUCACUCUCUCACCCUUUCUUCUUUUUUUUCUUUUCUUUCACUCUUUUUUUUCUUUUCUUUCACUCUUUUUUUUCUUUUCUUUCACUCUUUUUUUUCUUUUCUUUCACCCUUUCUUCUUUUUUCUUUUCUUUCACCCUCUCACUCUUUUUUCUUUUCUUUCACCCUUUCUUCUUUUUUCUUUUCUUUCACCCUUUCUUCUUUUCUUUCACCCUUUCUUCUUUUCUUUCACCCUUCUUCUUUUCUUUCACCCUUUCUUCUUUUCUUUCACCCUUUCUUCUUUUCUUUCACCCUUUCUUCUUUUCUUUCACCUUUUUUUCUUUUCUUUCACCUUUUUUUCUUUUCUUUCACCCUUUUUUCUUUUCUUUCACCCUUUCUUCUUUUUUUCUUUUCUUUCACCCUUUCUUCUUUUUUCUUUUUCUUUCACCCUUUUCACUCUUGCCUUGA